ACGGCGGCUGGAGGACGAAACCGAGGCGAGGCUUAGAGGACAAAUAAAAAAAUUGCUACAUUGUGCUAAAUUCCCCAGACCCAGAAACACAGACCAUUGGACAAACAGUGCAGUAAAAACCAGUAGCAACUAUUUCAUCAUAUUUUAGUAGCGUUGCUAGUUGACUGGUUACCUAGCUCACAUUAGCCUGCAGACGCGCGGUCGUAGCCCGGGCUCCAGCAGAGACAACUCUCCCUAUCCGACCAUGACUACUCCUCCUCAGCAGCAGCAGCUUGUCCACCGCCGGCCGCAUCCCUCCAUCAUCGCACAGAAAGUACAGUUAAUUCACAAACUUUUUUUGCUGGAAAACGCCGGAAAUACAGUUAAACAAGAACUUCGCAUCUUCACAAAUAAGGCCUAUGACGAGGUCCAAGGUUUCUUGAAUUCAUCUUUCCCCACCAGUGAGUUCACUGAUCUAGCAAAGACUUUGGAUAAGAAAUGUCAAGCUAUUGACAAGCUCUCAGCUUUAUUAAAGGACGUCAUAGUUGAUCCACAUGUUUUUGUCCAGCCUGCUGUCAAAAAUGGAGUGAGAACAAACCAACUUCAGCCACUCAGAGACAAAGGGAUCCUGAUGACAGAUGUUCUCAAGUUUGGGCCCAUGUUGCAGAACGUGCUCAUGGCAAGCUCCAUAGCAAAAGCAGUCCAGGUGCUUGGAGCCACACUGUCCCUUCAGCAGUUAAAACAUUUCCUUGGCUCCCAGCCUGCAGCAGUCCAGGAGGAUGACAUGAUUUGCAACAUCUCAUCCAGCUACAAUAGCGCCGUUCAGACUGCAAGCUCAUCUUGUCAUUUAAAGGCUGAGGAAAAAGAACAAGCUGUUAUUUCUGAGGAGAAAAGCCAACCAGAUGCUGUCAUUCUGCCACCUGCCAUUAUUCAGAGUCCCAGGAUUAAUACAGAGAGACCACCACUGCCACCAAUACAAGCCAUAUUCUCAGAUAUUGCUAACCCUAAACCCAUGAACAUAACACCACUAAUAAGCUGGGGAUGGGAGGAUGAUGUCCAGGUGCAACACCAAAAACAAACAUCCUCUCAACUGCUGCACUUCCUCAGAGCUAAAGCUAAAAACAUGGGUGCACUUGAAGUCACUCUCAUGGAGUGGAGUAGAAGCACCACAGGUUCACCACAGUCACUGUCACCCACCAUCAAAACACAAAGCUACCAGUUCAGACAUGUUGUGACAGAUGGUCUGAUUGAAGCACUAGCCCCUAAAACAUUGUGUGCAGAUAUUGAAAAUCAGUCCCCAGUCUUCAGAGUCAAACGAGUGGAAUCAAGUGGCUCUCUGACCUACACUUGUGUGAUUGCCACAAAGACUGAAUUGUGGGAUAUUGGAGACAUCUUCACAGAGGUGCAACGAGCACACACUGAUGGCAGCCCAGUGAAAAGUGAAGAGUGCCAAAAUAAAGCUGCUCAAGUGGAGAACUCUCGUGUAAACAUCCAGUGGAAAACCCAAACUCUCCAGUGCACAGAACCUGAAGGAGGAAAUAAUUCUGCUGGCGCAAAAAUGCCAGUGAUCAGCAGUGUUACCAUUCCAGAGUUCCAGAUCCGGAGGUUCGAAGAGACAGAGGUUGUGGUGUCUCAUAUUGUCAGCCCAGGCAAUUUCUACAUCCAGCACGCAGACUCCAUCACAAAGCUGCAGGCCCUUGUCACAGACAGCUGGAAAGCCAGUAGUUCAUAUGCCGAGCAGAACUGCAUUCCAGACAUUGGAACCCAAGUAAUGGGUUGGUUCCCUAAACAGGAACAAUGGUGCAGGGCUCAGGUGACGAAGAUAUGUGGAGUAAGUGGAGAUAAUAAUUCCACUGAUGGUGCUAGGAGUGAAGCAUCAAUCAAGGUGGAGGUGAAGAGACUGGACCACGGUGACAGCGCCUGCCUGUCACUGUUGAACAUCAAGGAACUGACCUCAGAAAUGGCCACCCUCCCAUUUCAGGCUGUACAGGUCUCACUGGCAAAUGUGACGCCUGUGAAUGGGAGAGAUUGGUCUGAGGAGGCAGUGGGCUGGUUCAAAGCAAUGGUGCACAACAGGACACUGUAUGCCAGACUAUACCCACAGGGGCCCAAAGUUACAGUCGAGCUGUUCCUGGAAAAGGGAAAACUCGGAGCUAUGAGGAGGGGCGCAGCACUGUCUCUCAGACUGGCCCAAAAUGGACAUGCAAAACACAACAAACUGAAGACUGUUGGUCUUAUGAAGAGAGGCACUGUUCAACUGAAAAAGAGAAAACAGGACUCUGAGUGGGAGAAAUACCUCAUCUCACACUAUACUCAAACUCGUGUAUUUUCUGGAUGAAUCUGCAAACCUGUGAGUGACUCUGUGCUCUCAAUGACAGUGGCUCAGGUCAAAAGCUUCCUUCACUUCCCUGCCCUGCCAAGCACAAUAAAUAAUGUGGCAGGGCUGAGGCCUUUUGUGUCCACACAGAUUCCUUCUUUUGCCCGGGACCUGGAGUCGAAAAUGAACUGGGGCACCUUUUAUGCCGUGAUCAGCGGCGUAAACAGGCACUCUACCGGCAUCGGACGCAUUUGGCUCUCAGUCAUCUUCAUCUUCCGCAUCCUCGUCCUGGUGGUCGCUGCUGAGAGUGUCUGGGGAGACGAGAAGUCCGGCUUCACCUGCAACACCCAACAACCCGGCUGCAACAGCGUGUGUUAUGACCAGUUCUUCCCCAUCUCACACAUCCGCCUGUGGGCGCUCCAGCUCAUCCUGGUCUCCACCCCCGCCCUGCUGGUGGCCAUGCAUGUGGCCCACCGACGCCACAUCGACAAGAAGAUCAUGAAGAGGUCGGGCCGUGGCAGCCCCAAGGAGCUGGAGCACAUCAAGAACCAGAAGUUUCAGAUCACCGGAGCCCUGUGGUGGACAUACAUGAUCAGUAUCAUCUUCCGAAUCAUCUUUGAGGUGGCUUUUCUCUACAUCUUCUACUUGAUCUACCCUGACUUUAAGAUGGUGCGUCUGGUGAAGUGUGACUCGUACCCUUGCCCCAACACGGUGGACUGUUUUGUCUCCAGGCCGACAGAAAAGACCAUAUUCACUGUCUUCAUGCUGGCAGUGUCGGGGGUGUGUGUGCUGCUUAAUCUGGCCGAGGUGGUGUACCUAAUAGGCAGGGCCUGCAAACGGUGCUUACGAGGCUCUGACGAUGAGUCCAAAGUACCUUGGAUAAGUCAACGAUUGUCUUCUUACAGGCAAAAUGAAAUCAAUCAGCUGAUAGCAGACCAUUCUCUCAAGUCUAAGUUCACUGUGACCAAAAAGAGCCCGACUGAGAAGGGUGAGAGGUGUUCUGCUUUCUGAGACUCUGCCUUUCCUUUACAUUUUAAACUAAUCAACAGUAAUCACACAUGUCCAAUGGAGCACGUUGCUCUGCAUUAAUGUUACAUAUACUGUAUAUUUGAUCACUGUCGGCAUCCAUUUAUUUAUGUAGUGUAUUAUUCAAUCGCUUAUGGAUUCAUCUGUUUUUUCUUUAUUGGUUUUACUGACACAAGUGUUAGUUGCUGUUAGAAUUAAACUAUUUGGAGCCAGCUGUGAGGGUUAAAGGACAAUACCAAUGUUUUUGCACGUUUUAGCUCGUUUACCACAAAUCAAAGAUAAUUGACACUAUCGUCGACCAAGGCUUACCUUCAUUUAUUAGAUUUUUGUCUGCCUUUUGUAGGAGCUUUCGUUCAUUUCAGCAUGACAAGCUGCCAAGUUGCGAAGGUGGGGUGAUUGCUCGAGCUAAACAAACCAUGACUAUGAGGAUCACGCUUCCAUUUUGUUUUGUCAGAGUUGCAUUUAUUGUUGCGUGACAGUUCACUUUAAUGUGUGGGUUUGAUGAAAUCCUGCAGGUGUGGCAGGUUUGUCUCCUGGUUACAAGCCCAAAACUGCUGUCUGAAUAGUUGCAUUUGUGAACUAUGACAUGGGAAAAUCAAACCCAGAGUACAAACGUCACGCAUAAAUAGUAGAUGUGAGAAGUUUUAACAUUAAUAUUUAUGUUUUUGCAUUAUAAAGAUUGCUGUUUGGAAACUGGCUCCAGUUUUGGAUAUCAGUUUCUCAUCAGCACAUGGGUGCACCAUCCAACAGAUUUUUCACAUUCCCCCAUGCGGUUUGGCUGCUUUUAGAACUAAAUUUGCUUUGAAAACAAAAAAUAUGAAUAAAGUAUUUUAAGGAUGUUGCAUGAGGUCUUCAUGAAUAGAUUUUCAUACCUUGCUGAAAUUAAAGGAAAUGGCUGGUGGCCUGGAGAGCACAACAAAUUCAAAAGUAGAAAAAAACGAUUAAAAGAUCAACUCUUGAGAGAGCUUAGUAGCAAUGUUAGGUAUUCAUGAUUUAUAGUAAAUUUGCCAAAAUGUGCAAAUAACACUGGUUUAGUCCUGAAAAAGAAGCAAAGGUUACUGUAGAGAUUAAAAUGCUGGAUAGAAAAGUCAACUCUGUCAUUUAGAUCAAAAAUAAUGCUACUAUGUAUCAUAUUAAAUCCAGUCUGAGUCAAAGCUCAUGCAAAGAAAAGGAAAGAGGGGUAUUUAUGUGAGUGAAAUGACUUGUAAGAACAUUACCAUUUCUUUAAGCCAGUGGCAGAAUGCUCGGGACUCUGUAGUCAUUGAUUAUGCUAAACUUUGUGCAGACAGCUAUAACUAUUAUAUAACUUAGCAUUCUGCUGUGGAGAUAUCACAACAGUUGGUGCUAGAAAACCAAAGAAAGUUUUAAAAUAUUGUCUAGUUAUGGACACCUGUCAUUGGAUAUUGUAUUGCCAGUGUAACAAGGAGAGAAAAUGGAUUUUAAAUACAAAUUUCCCUCAAAAUAUUUGUACAUUCUGACUUUUUAACACUUAUUAGCUUUUAUCUCAAUUGAUUAUUCAGAAUUAUCUACAUUCCAGAAGUAAGAUAAAUCAAGUCCUCACUUUAAAAUGUGAGUAAACCAUCAUCCUGGCUUUUUUUCAGAUACUGUUUAAGAUGUCACGUGAUGUUCAACUGAUGAAAUGGCAAAAUUUCUUCACUUGUCUGCUGGGUUACUUUUAGGAUAUUACAAAUCCCAGUACUGUACAUAUGUCUUUAGAUUUGUAUAGCAUUGUAUGCAGUUGUAAAUACUACCUACUUACUUCAUUGCAGCUUCUUUCUGAGGUUAUUUUUCAUUUAAAUAAAUAAAUGUUUAAAGUUGACCCACUUUUUUUUUUUACCAGAGACCCAUUGCUCUCUAACAGUUGGCACCUGCUUUCCUUAAUAUUACCCUGCAUAGUAUGUUAUUCAGCAUCUCUCUGGUCCUGAAAAUUAAUUGCCCCAUUCGCUGGUAUAUUAUGAAGUUAACCUGUUUUUAUACACAUUGUAAUGCAUACAGAGACCCACAUGUUGAUGUGCCUAAAUGUACAUAUUAUCAGUUUACAUCCAAGUAAACAAUCCAGAUAAAAUAUACCAUGGGUUGAAGCUAUAUACUGUGUGUACAUUAUGUAAUAUAAAGAAAUAAAUUGCCUGAUAAUUUG